GGCCGGUGAGGCUGUGACCACAGACCGGGGAUCCUGCCACCUUGGCCGGGUGCUCGCCGCCGGCAGGAAGCCACGAGCUACCGGUCUGAUCGGGACUCCUGCGAGGGGCUCCUCCUCUAGGGUUGCUCGGGAGUGGCUGGUCGCAGCUAGAAGGGCGCUGCACCACGAGGCGCCGGGGUUUAAGCGCUAUGGUGAGAGGCCGCUGAGCGCCGCUAAGGAUGGGAGUGGUGAGCAGCAGAAGGCAGGUCAAGGAGAAGGUGAAGGGCGGAUGGAGCCCCAGGAAGGCCAGCACCCAGGGCAGAGAGCCCCCGCCACUGCCGCCCCUGGUCGUGUUUAACCACCUGGCUCCUGCACUUCCCGACACCACGCACCCGGACCAAGAGGAGCACUUCGUGGUGGCCCUGUAUGACUACAACGCCGUGAAUGACCGGGACCUGCAGAUGCUGAAGGGGGAAAAGAUGCAGAUCCUGAAGGAAGAUGGAGACUGGUGGUUGGCCAAGUCUCUCAUCACCGGAAGAGAAGGCUACGUGCCCAGCAACUUUGUGGCCCGAGUGGAGACCCUGGAAGUGGAAAAGUGGUUCUUCAGGUCAAUUUGCCGGAGAGAUGCUGAGAGGCAGCUUCUGGCUCCGAUCAAUAAGGCCGGCUCCUUUCUUAUUAGAGAGAGUGAAACCAGCAAAGGUACCUUUUCUCUGUCUGUGAAGGAUGUGACCGCGCAGGGGGAGGUGAUCAAACACUAUAAGAUCCGCUCCCUGGAUGAAGGCGGCUAUUACAUCUCCCCCCGGAGCACCUUCCCCACACUCCAGGCUUUGGUGCAUCACUAUUCUAAGAAAGCGGAUGGUUUGUGCCAGAGGCUGAGCCAGCCCUGUGUGAGCCUGGCUCCCCAGAACCCCUGGGCCCAGGAUGAGUGGGAAAUCCCCCGGCAGUCUCUGAAGCUGGUCAGGAAACUCGGGUCUGGGCAGUUUGGCGAAGUCUGGAUGGGUUAUUACAAAAACAACAUCAAGGUGGCCAUCAAGACCUUGAAGGAGGGAACCAUGUCUCCAGAGGCCUUCCUGGGUGAGGCCAACCUGAUGAAAACUCUCCAGCAUGAGAGGCUGGUCCGUCUCUACGCCGUGGUCACAAAGGAACCCAUCUACAUUGUGACCGAGUACAUGGCCCGAGGGUGCUUGCUGGAUUUCUUGAAGACAGAUGAAGGUGGCCGAUUGUCCCUCCCACGGCUGAUCGACAUGUCAGCCCAGAUUGCGGAAGGAAUGGCGUACAUUGAGCGAAUGAAUUCGAUCCACCGGGACCUGAGGGCGGCCAACAUCCUGGUGUCUGAGACCUUGUGCUGCAAAAUCGGUGACUUUGGCUUGGCCCGGAUCAUCGACAGUGAAUACACUGCCCAGGAGGGGGCCAAGUUCCCCAUCAAGUGGACUGCCCCGGAGGCCAUCCAUUUUGGGGUGUUUACCAUCAAAGCGGACGUGUGGUCGUUUGGAAUCCUCCUGAUGGAAAUCGUCACUUACGGGCGCGUGCCCUACCCAGGAAUGAGCAACCCAGAGGUCAUCCGCAACCUGGAGCGCGGCUACCGCAUGCCGCGCCCGGACUCGUGCCCGCCCGAGCUGUACAGCGGGGUCAUCGCCGAGUGCUGGCGGAGCCGGCCGGAGGAGCGGCCCACCUUCGAGUUCCUGCAGUCGGUGCUCGAGGACUUCCACACGGCCACCGAGGGCCAGUACGAGCUGCAGCCCUAGGCCCCGCAGGGGGACCGCGCCCGCGUGACUGACCAGGCGUGUUCACCUCGCGGCUCAUUCGGCGCCAGACGGGCUGGACAGGCAGGGAGGGGUUGGCACGCCCGUUUCUCGGAUGAGGAAUGAGAGGUAGAGGGGCCUGGCAGGGGGGUCUCAGCCAGGACUCCGAGCCGGAUCCGUCCGCAUUCGCACCCUUCUCUGGCUGUGUGCCCCUGGGCAAGUUACUUUGCCUCUCUCUGCCUCCGCUUCCUCGUAUGUACAACGGGGAAGAACCACAGUUGUACCUACCUCGUACGUUCCUCGCGAGGAUGACAUUAGUUAGCCCCGGUAAGGUGUUCAAAAUAGUGCCCGGCACACUCCGAAGUGUUUGACAUUGUGUCUGUAAGGCUUCCUGUGCUCUCGCCAAAACCGAGCAGUCGGGUGGCCUGGGUCCUGCUGCUCCCACCUGCGCAGGCCGCCCAGGGAGCAGGACUGGGUUCCCCACCAUUCGGCUCGGAGGAGCCUCCUCUUGCUUGGCUGCGGGCAGGUAGCCCUGACCCAGACUGGCCUCCAGCACUUUGGGACUUUUCUGUAAUAAAGUCACGAGAACUGA